ACAUUGCUACACGUCGUGGCCCCUGCUGUUCUCGUAUUUCGCGCGGCUUGGGACAGAAACAUCUGGAACUGGAAGGCAAACAACAGUAAUAGCAUCGUCGAAUCCGCGACGGAGACGGGAAAAACACCCAUCACCUAAUCGCUCUGAAGUGAAUGGUAUAGAUGCUGCUGGAGUGACUGAGUUUGCUAUAUCAGAUUCCGAAUCUUCCUGUUCCGACGGCUAUGGUGUUACGCGUCAAAGUUCUUCGUAAGAAAUCAGAAAGGCUUGAGCGCAAGAGAUUGCAGAAGUAUGUAGUGAUAUCGGAAAAGAUUCCUGCUAUAGAAGAUUUGUUUGACAGCGUUUAUAGAGCCCUUCGCCCUAACCCAAGUGAUUAUGAACUUCGAAGAGCUCUGGUUUUUGUCUUUAAUGAAUUAGCUAAGGACAUAUAUGGCCCCGGUAGUGAUGCCCCUGUCGUGGAGGAGUUUGGAUCUUUCGUAAUGGAUUUAUUCACUGCUAAAAGUGAUCUGGAUUUAUCAGUUAAUUUUGGGAACAAGGGUGUUGAGUUUACUCGUGAGAAGAAGAUUCAAAGACUUAGGAAGUUUGCGAAGAAGUUAUACGCACUUCAACGACUAGGGCACGUUUAUGGUGUUCAUCCAAUAACUACAGCCAAUGUGCCUAUUCUUAAAGUUGUUGACCGUGGAACUGGAAUUGAGUGUGAUAUAUCUGUUGAAAACAGGGAUGGAGUUUCAAAGUCUAAGAUAGUACAUAUGAUUUGUUCGAUUGAUGAAAGGUUUGGGAAAUUAAGCUUCUUGAUGAAGGCUUGGGCAAAAGCUCAAAACAUUAAUAGCUCAAAGUUCAAAACUUUGAACUCCCUAUCUAUAAUACUUUUGGUUGCUUUUCAUCUUCAGACGCGAAAUCCCCCUAUUCUGCCACCUUUUUCUGCCCUAUCCGAAGGAGCUGGCCCUGAAGUAGUUGCAAAGUCGGUGCUUAAGUUUGCAAACUAUGGAAAGAGCAAUAAAGAAUCAGUGGCUGAGCUGUUUGUCACCCUGUUAAUCAAGUUAUUGUCGGUGGAGAAUCUUUGGUGCAAGGGAAUCUGUGCAAGCACUUAUGAAGGCUGCUGGAUAUCAAAAACAUGGGACUUCAAAGUUGGCUGUAUUAGUGUUGAGGAUUUCACUGAUCGGUCUCAAAAUGUUGCAAGGGCAGUUGGAGUAAAGGAAGUGAAAAAGAUAUACAAGUGCAUCCAUGUUUCGAGCCAACACAUCUCUGCUUUCGUGGAGGGCCGAAUUGAAGGUUCUGCUCUAAAAGAAUAUUUGUUUGGCCGAAGUGGUGAUUCCACUUUGGUGGAUGAAGGUCCUAAAAAUAAAAAGAGAAAAAACGAUGGAAAUGGGCCUAAAACAGAGGAGGUGGCUGCUAAAGCAAGUCAGCAAACAAAUCCCCUCAAGCCUGUUUUAGCUGUAAGAAAUUCAGCAAAGGAAGGCUGGGAUGCUUCUCCAUCAGGAAAUUUGGUGAAGUCAGCUACCAAAGUAUGGGGAGGGUCCCCUUCGGGCAGUUGGGGAAAAUCAGUGCUUGAUGGUUGGGGAGGAUCGCCAUCAGGAAGCUGGGGAAAAUCAACGACGGAUGGUUGGGGAGGAUCACCAUCGGGUAGUUUAGAGAAAUCAGCCGCCAAAGGUUGGGGAGGAUCACCAUCACGAAGUUGGGGGAAACCUGCUGUGGAUCUUUGGGGAGAAUCAAAAGUAGUAGGUAGCAAAGGUUGGGGAGGAGGAUCAUCAUCACAAAGUUGGGGAAAACCUGCAGUGGAUCUUUGGGGAGAAUCAAAAGUAGUAGGUAGCAAAGGUUGGGGAGGAGGAUCACCAUCAAGAAAUUGGGAAAAACCUGCAGUGGAUCUUUGGGGAGGUUCAAGGAAAUCAGACCAUAAGCCUGUCUCCAAAAAGAGGAAGUGGUCGUCGGGUGAAAGUCAGGAAAGAACAUCCACUGGACGGUCAGGCGCCUCGUCAGUGAAUGGCUGUGCGGGAAGUCAGCAAACUACAUCCUAUAACCCAAAGAAGAAGUUCAAACCUUUCAAUAAUUGGAGGAGCAAGCAUGCCGGAGGUUGGGAUAGCACACCGCAGCAGCCACCUGCUGUUGGUGGUGGUGGUGAUGGUUGGGGUAAGUGGGGCAGAGGAUAGAGAAAACUUAUUAUUGUCUAUCUUUCACCUAAGUUUGGCAAGAUUUCACUCAGCUUGUGCAUAUAACUUGGUAGAUACAUUCUUGGUCGUUUGCAGUUUCCUGUAAUGUUAAUGGUUUCUCUUAUCGUGAAUCAGUUCUCGUAUUAUUGAC